AUGAAGCGCAGAAUCAACUUGCCAGCUAGGAAGGUAAAUGCCCAGGUGUCAGGCAUCAACAACACCAUAGGUGCGCAGGUAAAGGAAUCAUGUUGUGUCGAAUUGCGGUCACCAAUUGACCCACUUAUAUCAAUAACAACGAACAUGAUGGCUCUGCCGAAAUUAACAGGAAACUUGCCGACUUGCCAYAUUAGCGCACUAACUCGGCAGGCUUUCCCAGAUCUCACGUUGGCGGACAAAAGGUUCUUCGUCAAUGAACCCGUGGACGUCAUACUCGGUGGCGACGUCUAUCCACAGAUUAUGCUUGAUGGCRUACGCAAGAACGUACUGGGAUCGCUUCUUGCGCAAGAGACCGCGUUCGGUUGGAUAGUCAYGGGCCGUKCCAAUACAAUUAAGCCAACCAACACUUGCGUCUCAUAUUACAACGAAAUAUCGCUGGAAAAGCAGUUAGCUUCGUUCUGGGAAUUGGAAGAAUUGCCCAAGGAACGGAAACUAAGCGAAGAGGACAGGUAUUGUGAAGAGCUGUACAAAAAGACAACGAGGCGAAAUGAAGACGGGAAAUACGUUGUAUCGCUACCAUUUAAGAAAGACUAUCCGGUCAACAUUAGGUUAGGUAGUUCGUUAAARAUUGCCUACUCCCAGUUUUGA